UGUUUUGUACCUAGUACAUUUCCACGGGACGAUAGCCAUGACAGUUGAUUGUAUUUAUGUCCCGAUUACAAUGACCAUAUAGAUAGUUACCUGUAUACCUUAUUAUUUUGGACACAACAUAAUUAUUGAAUACUAUGGAGUUACCAGACAGAAAUACAGAUUAUCGUGACAAGUCAUAUUGGGAUGAACGUUAUUCUAAAGAAAAAGCUUUCGACUGGUUUUCUGAUUAUGAAGCAUUCAAACAUUUACUGAAAGAUGACAUUAAAACAGCUGACAACAUUCUUAUAUUAGGUUGUGGCAACAGUUUAAUGAGUGAACAAAUGUACCAAGAUGGCUUCUUGGAUAUCACUAAUACAGAUUAUUCUCCGGUUGUUAUUGAGAACAUGAGGAACAAAUGCCAACAUAAGUAUCCCGGCAUGUCAUGGGAAGUUAUGGACAUUCUCAAUAUGACCUAUGAACCAGAAACAUUUGAUGUGGUUUUAGAGAAAGGGACACUUGAUGCUUUAAUGGUUCAUGAAAAAGAUCCAUGGAAUAUAAGUGAAGAGACAGAGAAAGCAAUCGAAAAUGUGCUACAUCAGGUUCGGACAGUGUUAAAGGCAGAUGGAAAAUUCAUAUCAGUAACUUUUGCACAGCCUCAUUUUCGGAAACCACACUAUGCAAGAAAAAUAUUUGAUUGGUCAGUGGAGCAAAAACAUUUUGGACAAAAUUUUCAUUAUUAUUAUUAUGUGAUGCUGAAAGAUUCUAAUUUGUCAGUGGAAGAUAUUAGAAAGGAAAAUGAAAGGACUGCAAAAAGGUUAAAAAAUAGGACUGAAGAAGACAGAACUAUUAAAUAUCUUGAGUAUGAAGAUAAUGCAAACUUUUUAAAUGGGAUUGAACUUUGAUUUUAUCUCAUUAUUUAUUUUGUAAAUAAAGUCAUCCUGAAAAACA